AUGGUUCGCGCUUUGCUUGCCGUUGCGCUGUGCCUGUUGGCCGGUGUUCACGCCCAGUCGCGUGCUGCCUCGGUUGUCCCCGUGGAGGGCUGCGCGGCGCUUCCGAACUACAACAACGCGACCAACAUCGCUGGGCCCUGGACGAUCCGCGUGGAUGGGUGCACCAAUGCGACCGCGACGCAGGAAAGCUGCAGCAUAGAGGGAUUCGGCGCUAGCUGUGAUGUCACGCGAUCAGCCGAUGAGAAGGGAAUCGAGAAAGGCUCGCUCACCAUUGUCAACCACCCCCUCGACACCAACAUUGUCCUUCGCUGCAACGGCGCCCUCAACACCCUCGAAGCACGUGUGCCCUCUGGGGCUGGCGCGUUGGAUUGGCAUGCCAUUGGGCUCGACAAGGACCCUGGCACCAGUCAGAUGGAAUGGGGCUUUGGGGCGAAAAAUACACACCUCGUCCGGGUUUACCGGCAGUAUCUGCGGGGAAGGCCGGUCGACGGACUCUUCUUAGGAUCGGAGGGACGCACCACCUGGGCGGUUCGCAGCUCAGGAUCCGGACUAAGCUCUCUGGACCACAAGCCCUUUUGGUUCUUGCGGCUGUUGAACCCCGAGAUGCCGGCGUGGGGUGACGAGUUAGAAACCAUGAUUCGCAUUAAUGGAAUCUGA